AUGCCGAAGGUGUCUAAGGACUGGGGCGCCAUGCGUCUCAUGAAUAACACUGAACGUUUCCACGACACAAUGCUUGGGCUGCACUUCCUCCCCAGCAAACAGACAUUCUCAUCGCCAACGCCUCUGAUGCUGGCGGCGAUGCUGUACUGCUCGAGCAUGAGAGGCUCGGACCAAGUGGUCGUGCAUGCUUCCGAGUACUUCACUGUCCUGUGCAGUGCAAUUUCGCAGUUAUGUAUGCCCGCCAGCGAGAUUGGAAUGGCGCCCAAGGACCCGACUGCAGCGGAGGAAUGGGCAUUCCAGACCAUCCUCGGCAUCAUCCUUGCCGGGCUUCUUCGGGAGGGCGUCAUCAAAGAGACGGGGAUAUGGAUCUCUGUCGCCUACAGACUGAUCCUGGAGCACUGCCCACCUUACAUGGAUGAGAAGUCACUCGAGUGGCAAAAGCUCUUCACUGGCCUGCAAAUUGUAGAUCUAGAGCACGCCUCGAUCCACCUCUCGUGUCCCGUCAUACCUGUAGAAGCACCUUUUCCGCGCCUUCGCAUCUCGCAGCAGGACCAGCUCUACAGGUUGUCUCGCAUGAUGCACACGGGUCUCACCCACUUCACGGGACGCGGGCUCCCGACCAUUUGGGCAUGCUUCACGAGCGACACCCCCGCCACGUCCGACUCGACCUCGUUCAGCGGCGUCGAUGCGGCCGUCAUCAGGGAUUGGGCCCGGCAGCUCGACGACUGGCUGGUGGAAUUUGGCGCGCGCAGCGAGGAGGCUAGCGACCAAAGCAACCUGACGUUCCGGCAGUACGUUCUGCACCGCGUGCUGGUCCUCUCCAUCUACCUCCCAGCCCGUGGAAGCGAUCUUUUCUCCGAUACGACGCCAAAAGAACAGCAUGAGCUUCUUGUUUCAGCCCGCGCGGCUGUCAGGCUCCAGCUCCUAGACACAUCCAUCUGGUCCAACUUCGACCUCAUUAUUAUCACGUGGGCGGCGUUGAUAGUUAUCCAAGGCGUCGAUGGCGGAGUGGGAGAGCCUGAAGGGCGUCUCCAGGAGGCCCAUGAGCACAGCUGCAAUCUUCAUGGGCUGCUGGCAAAUCGUCUGGAAACAAAAAUUCAGGGCCUAACAACCCCGCAGAUCGGCGAUGCCAUGAGCUUCGAGCCAGAUGGUAAUUUUGACACUUCUUGGUACAUAUUCAAUCAGUCUAGUCUAGAUGUGGGCUUGGACAUGUCCUUCUUGGACGGAACAAUGCAGCACACAACCAUGUCCUGA